UAGUGGUGUAUUGUUAUCCUCUCCCCACCCCCUCACUUCCCUCCUAUUAAUCCUCCUGCAACAGCAGCAGCAGCACCGUUGGAGGCUAACAAAGCGCUAGUUUAACUUCAUUCGGAUAGAUUUUAAACCAAUAUUUUGCUAUGGCAGCAAUCAGGAAAAAGCUGGUCAUAGUGGGAGAUGGAGCCUGUGGAAAGACCUGUCUGCUCAUUGUGUUCAGCAAGGACCAGUUUCCUGAAGUCUACGUGCCCACGGUGUUUGAGAACUAUGUCGCCGACAUUGAGGUGGACAGCAAACAGGUUGAGUUAGCUCUCUGGGAUACAGCUGGUCAAGAAGACUAUGACAGACUGCGUCCGCUCUCUUACCCAGACACCGAUGUCAUUCUCAUGUGUUUUUCCAUUGACAGCCCUGACAGUCUUGAGAACAUCCCUGAGAAGUGGACCCCUGAGGUGAAACACUUCUGCCCUAACGUUCCCAUCAUUCUGGUGGGAAAUAAAAAGGACCUGCGUAACGAUGAGCACACUCGGAGGGAACUCGCCAAAAUGAAGCAGGAACCUGUAAAACCAGAGGAUGGACGGGACAUGGCUAACAGGAUCGGUGCCUUCGGAUACAUGGAGUGCUCUGCGAAAACAAAGGAUGGUGUGAGGGAAGUGUUUGAGAUGGCCACCAGGGCUGCACUACAGGCCAGGCGGGGAAAGAAGAACAGUAAAUGUGUCCUACUGUAAACGGGGGCAUGAGGACUGCUUCCUACAGGGGGACAGAAGAAGGAGAAUUAGGUCAAACCUACCCCCCAAACAUACCCACACAAAAAGACUGUUUUCCCCAGUUUUUACUAAAGGUGUAAUGCUUUUACUUUUUUUGUCUUAAGCAAAAGUAGUCAGGUUCUGUCAGUAUUCAAUUUUGAGGUUAUGGAAAAUACUUUUUUGUACUUUUAACACAAGUAAAUUUGCCAUAUUGAAACCUCCUUUAUUGAGAUGUUCUAUGUGAUUGAAAAGGUCAGCCAGGGACCUGUCGUGUCGUACCUGCCAACUACAGUUAAGUGCUUAAGCCCUGUCUGCUGAUCAGAGGAAUGUUUCCACAGCCAACAAGGGUGAAGUACCUGAACACUGUGACCCGUAGUCCUUUAAUUAUUUCCUCAAACUGAUGCACACAUGAAGUCGAAAUUUAUUUGUGUGCUUCAUAUACAAAUCGCAUAUGCAUUAUGAUGAUGGGCACGAUAUGAGACUGGAAACUCAUUUUGCUAAAAGGCGAAUGGAAACUUACUGUUUUGUGUAAUAAAUUACUUUGUAAGAAUCUCCAUAAUUUGCAUCACUUAAUUGAUAAACACUGAAUGACUCUGAACGAGUGGAUUACACUCCAGACUAAGAUAACUAAAAUUCAUGCAGCGUUCAGGGAGGGGACAGAAAAACCUCGUCAGCGUGGACACUUUGAGAUCUCUUUUGCAUAUGCGUUUCUGAGUUGGUCACAUCUACUGCAGUGCAAGCUCAAGUGCACUUCGCAGAUACGGUGGGCAUUACAGAUAGCGACUCCCAGAAUGUGGUCAACAGAGCCUGACGGAUAAUGGACUUUUGGGAAUGAAGAGCUUUUUUGAUAAAAAUCCCUUCAACUAGUCAGCAAAGAAUUGAGACCAAGACAUGUACAGAUCAGGACGUUUACAGAUGGAAAAAAAACAAAUAAAUAAACUGAUCAGUGCUCUCUGGUUGACAAA